AGAAACACCACGAGGCACCAAGAACAAACAACAACAAACACAAGAAAUUCCCCUUGUUUCAGGAAGUGAAAAGGGAUAUCCCCGACUUUGACAAAAUUUCUCUUCUCUUAGAUAACAAUGGCAGACAAGCAAGAGCAAGUUGGAGUUGAAGAUAAGGUCAUUGCAGCGGAAGCCGUAGAAGAAAUGACAAUAUCUGAUCAACUGGAAGUAUGCUUUGACAAUAAAGUGUACUUCAAAAAAGGAGAUGAGAAGAACAUGAAAAAUCGAAUUCUUGUAGAGCAGUUUUAUCGAUAUUUCAUGAUUUCUACAAUGCAAUGGUACCCGCACACCGAGGAAUGGGCAAAUAGCAAGAUAAGAAAGGCUGUUUUCAGAGUUGGUCAAAUUCUUGCUCUGUGCUUGAUUCUGUGUUCUUUUUUCUUCGAUAUAGGCUACUUUGGCAAAAUUUCCACUCCAAUAAGCGUGGAUUGGGAAUACAAAAUAACAAGAAUCAGAAACGUGCUAUGGGAGUUACGAUGGUUUUUUGGAAAUUUAAUCGGACUGUGGUACUUCAAUACGCGCCAUUUUGAAUGGCUUUUGGCAAAUACUCGUCUACCAGAGCAUAUCUGGGCAAAGUUUCGAAAGGAGGCUAUAAUCUUCUUUGUUGCCUUAGUGAUCCUUAUUAUCAUGAUUCCUGUUGGAGUAAAUGUGCUGGUCAUCAACGAUCUUAUGAAAACAGGGGAGACUUGGCGGCAGCAAGUCAUUCAUAUCUGUGGGUUCUUUUUCUGCAGGUAUAGCUCCCUGCCAGUGUUUUUGGUAUUGAUUGCAGUACUCCGUCUGUUAUAUUCCGACGUAUUAGUUGUUGGUGCGAGGAUCAAGGAAGGAUUACUGAACGGGGACAAAGACGAAUGGGGACAGGUAGCUGAAGAGGAAGUCAGAAAAAGUCUUGGGUCUAUACUGCACUUAAAGAAAUUGAUAUCAUGCACGGAAAACAAAAUAAAGUAUUUUAUACUUUUCCACCUCAUCUUACUACUUUUCACUGCGUUUUUUGGUGUGCUCAGCUGCCUUGAGAGAUUGCACAUUCACGUACACACAGCAAAAGUAGCUAACAGAACUCUUGAAACCAUUGAUUGGGGGCAAAUGCUGAUAAUCAAUCAAGAGCGCGACAUAACAAAAUCUGAUGAAAAGAUAGACAAAGCUAUGACCCUAAUUGCCGAUAUUUCACAAAAACAUAAAAGCCGGCUGGAGAAAGAUGUUACAAUGAAACAAAUGCUGAAUGUGAUGAAUGAGACCCUGGCGAGUGUGUCGGAAUCGUCCAAAGCAAAUAAAAAAUUGGCUCUGGUACAUACAGGAGCAGGAGCUACAAACCAAGUCAUGAAAACAGUGUUUGAAGAGCAACUAAACAUUACAAGAGUCUAUUUGGAGAUCGGAAUGGAUGCUGUUGAAUCAGCUCUUCUUUAUGGUAUCCCUCUAUUCCUCUUAAUAAGAAUAGACAAUGCAGUAGGCUUUGUUUUGGACAUGUUGAUAAAUCUUCAGGGAGAGAGGGGAAACAACGGUUUCGUGAUGUCUCCGUGUGUUUGGGAAGUUAUCAACUUUAUGAAAACACUCAAAGGCAUACGAAUAUUUGGUUUUCAGUCAUCCUUGUUCAGAACACUGAUUUUAACAUUUGCAGGUCCUAUAUUGUUAUCCUUCGUUCAUUCUCUGUUUGCGGAAGCAAAAAUACCAAAGUAAUCAUCCAUUGCAACGAAACUUCCAUUAACUUGGUAGGUAAAAUAAGGCAUAAUUCACACCAACAAGAUGACGUCGUGUACUCCUUAAGAGAUGAUACGACCGAUCGAUUCGAUUUCACAAUUGCAUGAACCGACAACUCUUGAAGCAAGAGCACAAACGAUGCGUAGAAUAAGUAUGAUCAACCGCUAGAAAUGACUUCAACAUUAUCGUUAGAAAUUUGUAAUCAGUUGUACAAAAUCUCGCUAGAAUUCAUCGUGCAAAGUGAUAAAGUGAUGGAUUGAGUCGAUUGAAGAAGUGAUUAUGAUAAUCAACACUAUGCAGAAAUUUUACUGGUUACUAUACAUUGAUUAUUUUACGAUUAGGAGAAUUUUGAUUAUAGUUACAUUAUAUAUAUUAGUUAAAAAUGGCUUUGAAAAAUGCAAACAUUUUAUAACAUAUUGAAUAUUUCGAUCCACAAUUGGGUAUAUAUUUUCAAUCAUGUUCGUUCGGACCCUUUUUCUGACGUUUUAUGCACUGAGGAGUGUCAGACGAAAAAGCUUUUAGGCAAUGUGUUAUAAAAUGUUUGCUUUUUUCAAAGCCAAUUUCAAGUUCUGUACCGCCAAAAAACUGUUCAUAUACUACUAUGACGUUUAUUCGUUAUUAUGAUUCGGUGUUCGACUAUGACGUUACUAUGACGAUUAUGAUUACCUUUUGUGAUUACUACGCUGAUUGUAAUGAUGAUUAUGAUAAUUAUGACUGGGUGGUUAUCUUUCACGCUGGUAUCAACGAUGAUAAACAUUCUUAAUGUUUAGGAACACACUUUGACACACCUGAAUAUGUGUUUUUCGUUUUUCUCUGUAAUACAUCAUAAUUAUUAUCUUGAAAACGCGAUUACUACGAUAUACUGCUUAAAA